UAAAGAGCGAUCACCCCUAAAGGUGGAAAUUUUAAAUAAAGCUCGGUCUUGUAUAAGAGAUAAGAAAGCAGCCUAGCUCAGACUUUUCUUUGCCCACAAUAUCAAAGAGAUAAGAAACCUCAGUUAAAUCUUAGCAAUAGAAUUAAUCUUAGUAGAAUCUAUCUACUCUCUCGUUUGGGUGUUUGGAGGUUGGUGAUUGUUGAUUCAAGUAAUGCACGCUGGAGCUUGCUCCGUUCAUCUUCAGGCCCUCACAACAGAGGCAGCCUCCGCUAUCAAGUUCUCUCUCGGUCUAGCAACAAGAAGAGGCCAUUCUCAAGUCACUCCUCUUCAUGUUGCUUCCACUCUCUUGAAUUCGUCUUCAUCAUCCGCUCUCUUGAGAAGAGCUUGCCUCGUAUCUCAUUCUCAUAACUUAGGCUCUCACCCUCUCCAUUGCAGAGCCCUUGAGCUCUGCUUCAAUGUUGCUCUCAACAGGCUCCCUACAAAUCCCCCACCUCCAUCUGGGUGUUAUAUUCAAUCUCAACCUUCACUCUCUAAUUCUCUCAUUGCUGCGCUCAAGAGAGCACAAGCCCAUCAGAGGAGAGGCCUCAUUGAACAGCAGAAUCAGCAACAGGAUACAAAUUUGGUUAUCAAAGUCGAGUUAGAACAGCUUAUUAUUUCAAUCCUAGACGACCCAAGUGUUAGUAGAGUGAUGAAAGAGGCUGGCUUCUCCAGUACUAAAGUGAAAUCAAACUUAGAAGAAGAUAGCUGCUCUGUUUUUCCGCUUUCCUCCCCUUUUUUCUCUGAUUCCAGCAGGGAGAUUAUCAAAAGUGCAAACGUUUUGCAUACCCAUGCUGUGAAAUCAUCUCCUGAGAAAAACCCAUGUUCCCAUUUCUCCAUUAAUGAGGAUCUGGAGCUGGUUUUUGAUUCGAUGUUGAGAAAACAGGGGAAGGUGAGCAACAUUGCAGUAGUCGGGGACUCAGUUUCUAUUGCAGAGGGAGUUGUAUCUGAGAUGAUGAGGAUGUUGGAGAGUGGGGGAGCCCCUGAUGAGAUCAAAACCUCACAUUUUGUAAAGCUACAGCUGUCUUAUGCUCACCUCAGGCUCAUGAGCAGGAUUGAAGUGGACUUGAAAAUCUCUGAUUUGAGAAGGAAAUUGACUUCCUUAGCACUAGAGAGAGUGAUUAUUUUUGUUGGGGAUUUGAGAUGGGCUCUUCAUGAAGAUUCAAGAGAUGGGUUUAGUCUAGUAGAGCAUCUAAUUAAGGAAAUUGGCAGAUUGCUAUCAGAGAUGAAGGUAACGAGCGAUAACAGAGUUUGGUUAAUGGCAACUGCAAGCUACAAAACGUACAUGAUGUGCAAAAAGAAGCACCCAUAUCUUGAGGCCCAAUGGGCCCUGAAGGCUGUUGUGGUCCCCUCAGGUGGGCUGAAGCUGAGCCUUCAAGCUCCAAGUGGUCUGGAUUCAAGAAUGACAAAGCUCACACAGUACCCUUUUCAAAUGCUCGAGCCAAAGGCUUUUCAUACCAAAGAGGAAGAAGAGAAACUCCAUUGCUGCGUUGAGUGCGCUUCAAAUUUUGAAAAAGAAGCUUCAGUUUUUAACUCAGAAGUUAAAAACUAUAACACUGGAUCGAGCCAAUUGCCCUAUUGGUUGCAACCACAUAGACCAAAAAAUCAUCGAAGGGAUACCUUGCUUGAUUUGAAGAGAAAAUGGAAUAGAUUAUGUCUAAAUCUGCAUCGAUUUCGGCGAAGUUCCAUUCAUUUGGUGUCAUCCUAUCCUUCAUCAACUUCCAAAGUUAACAAUAUAAAUCCCAUACUAACAUCCCAAAUCAAGAACACGGAUGGCCCAAAACCAUUGCUAUCUGAUGUGACGACGAAGCUUGAACUAGGCCAUCCUCUGUUCUCGGACACUGCCACCUCAAUAUAUCAGAGAAAUGAAUCAAGGGUGAACCAGAGAGAAUUAAGCAGAUUGCUACAAGAAAAUAUUCCAUGGCAAUCCGAGAUCAUUCCUACGAUUGUAGAUGCAUUGCUUGACAAUCAAUCGAAGACUGGCAUUUGGCUACUUGUUCAAGGUACUGAUCAAGUCGCAAAGAGGAGGGUAGCCCGAGUUACAGCAGAAUCAUUUUACGGAUCCACUGAUAAACUCAUAUGCAUUAAAGCUAAGAGACCAGCUAAUGCAGUUGAAAUACUCAUAGAGGAAAUUAGAAAAGACCCAAAAUGCGUGUUCUUGAUUGAGGAUUUCGAUCAAGGAUUUAUAGCAGCCAUCUCCGAGUGCAUCAAAACUGGAUUUUUGAAAGACCCAUCUGGGGAAAUGGCUGACUUGUCUCGUAGCGUCUUCAUUCUCUCUAAUUCAACCUCUGGUAAGAGCCAUGAUGAAGUACUAAAGAUGAGGCUCUGGGCCGAAGAGACACCCAGCUCUGGUCAUAAGAGGAAGAAGAUGAAAUUGAGCGAUCCUGAAUUUGAGCUCGACCUCAACAUUUGCGCAGAGACCAGCGAUCUGACCCAAGAAAUGGACCUUAACGACGAGAUAAAGUUUCCAUGUACGUGCAUCACCAUGGACGAGGUCGCUGGUGGGGAUCAGAUGAUCAAAGAGAGGGUCGUCGAUAGAGGCUGAGCACGGUUUUCGAUCGUCAGCUGGUCGAUUGUGGGGUUGGUAGAAGCAAUGGGGCGGUUGUUGGAGAGUGAGUUUGAGAGGCGGGUGAAGGAGAUUUUUGAAUUGAGUCCCGUAA